CUAGUUUAAACAGCGUCGUCGCGCUCGCAGUGUCAAGUCGAUCUUCCAGCGAGCAAGUCUAGAUUUUAUUACCGCAUUGCGACGUUUGUUUAUGUCCGCUUAUUUUAAUAGCGGAUGCUUAUCUUCGCGAUCAGCUUUUAUAACAUUUGAUUUCGAUAGCUCAGCUUUGUUUUUGUUGUUCUACGAGUAUUAUCAAUUAAUAAGCAAUGGCCAGCCGGCUACUAAGUGUAUCUUUAGUUUGCCUGAUGGUUAUCAACACAGCAGCCUCGGAACGUUAUGAACCGAAAUGGGAUAGUCUCGAUAAGCGUCCAUUGCCCAGCUGGUAUGAUGAGGCGAAAAUUGGCAUCUUUAUACAUUGGGGCGUGUAUUCAGUGCCCAGUUUUGGUUCUGAAUGGUUUUGGGAGGAUUGGUUAAAUUUACAAUAUCCAAACUAUUUGACCUUUAUGAAAAGCAACUACAAGCCGAAUUUCUCUUAUCAAGAAUUCGCUCAUGAAUUUACUGCUGAUUUGUUCAAUGCUACAAAGUGGGCGCUUCUCUUUCGCGACAGUGGAGCAAGAUAUGUAGUACUAACCAGCAAACAUCAUGACGGUUACACGCUCUGGCCAUCUACAGCGUCUUUCAGCUGGAAUUCAAUGGAUAUUGGACCGAAGCGAGACAUUAUUCGUGAGCUUUCAACGGCGAUUCGCAAAGAGACCUCACUCAAAUUUGGUCUAUAUUAUUCACUUUUCGAAUGGUUUAAUCGUUUAUAUAUUAAGGAUAAAUUGCAUAUAUUUUUGGAGCAAGAUUAUGUCAACAGAAAAAUGCGUCCAGAGCAAAUUGAAUUAGUAAAUGAAUAUCUGCCUGAAAUCUUAUGGUCAGAUGGUGAUUGGGAGGCACCGGCUAAAUACUGGAAAUCAGAAGAAUUUAUUGCUUGGUUGUACAACGAUAGCCCGGUGCGUGACACAAUUGUUACCAAUGAUCGUUGGGGUUUUGGCACUGCAUGUCACCAUGGCGAUUUUUACAAUUGUCAAGAUCGUUAUAAUCCCGGCGUUGUGCAGGUACACAAAUGGGAAAAUGCUUUUACUUUGGACAAAAGCAGCUGGGGACAACGUUUCGAUGUUAGUCUCAAUGAUUUCAUGACGUCAGAGGAGCUCAUCUCUGAAAUUGUUAAAACCGUUAGCUGUAAUGGCAAUGCGCUCAUCAAUGUGGGACCAACGAAAUAUGGCACAAUAUUACCAAUAUUUGAAGAACGCUUACGUGAUAUGGGUAAAUGGCUAAGCGUUAAUGGUGAGGCAAUUUAUGGCAGUAAGCCAUGGAUAUACCAAAACGACAGCAUUACGCCUAAUGUGUGGUACACACAAAAAUUGGAUCCAAGUAAUUCAUCUUCUAUAGUUUAUGCGAUCGUUCUGGAAUAUCCCUACGAUACCAAUGAAAUAGAUUUGUAUCCAAUUGGUACUGUCGCCAAAGAUACCAAGUCGAGUGUUCUGUUGUUUGGCUAUGAUGACGUUAUGACUGACACCAAUCAAGGCGAUAUGAAUGUUACCCUCUUGGGAAUGGAGAAUAUACAAAUCAAUUGGACCACAAAUGGAAAGAUACUGCAUAUUGUCUUCCCACCAAAGAACCAUAUUGACAAGAAUGGAUUGAAGUUCGCGUGGACCUUCAGAAUUACUAAGAAGGGAAAUAAUUGGAUUUAGAAUAUUUAUAUAAUUAAUUAAGCAGAUAUGUAUGCAGUUACAUAAUAAAAUAUACAUGCAAGUGCAUCUAAAUAUUUAUUAACAAAUUUGAAAA